ACUAAACGGUACGAUUAUAACCGAACCAACUAACCACCCUACCAAUAAUGCAUGUGUUUCUUUGGUUUUGGGUAAAUUACUCAUGGUGGAUAAUUGUUUUCCAUUACUCGAUGGAUCGAAGAUCAGAAUGAGUUUAAGAUACAUGAUUAGGCUCAACCCAGAGAUUUGGGUAAAGCAAUCGUCCAUAAUGAAGAAGCAGAAUCUUUUGGAGCUAGUUUUUUUUUUUUGGGUUAGUAUUUAAACUAGCGUGGCCCCGGUCAGCUGACCGGAGGAAGGUGAGGUAUGAAAUUUGAUAAUGUAAUGGGGUGUAUAGCUUAUUGUUGUAUAGUUUUUUUUGGAAACACGUGAUAACAAUAGUGAAUUUUAGCAGGAAAGAGACAUGAAUGAUGCAACGAAUCAAAAAUCGGCCUAAUGAACCAAAAUCAAGUACAUGUUACCUUGUGAAACAAUAUUGUUUCUGGUAAUAUGAUGAGGUGGAGUAAGUUUUAAAGAAACCGAAUUCCAGAAAAUCGAAUAAAAAAUCGCCUAUCCCGUCGGUUUUCGGGAAAUGAGCAUCUCACAAUCGUUGCUAGCUUUUACUCGGCCCGUUGGCCGAUUAAUUUGCUUUAUAAAACUUUCAUCUUGUCGUCAUUGUACUUUCUGGUUUUUGUUAGACCAUGAUAAAAUAUAAGGAAAUCAAGAACGAACAACAUGAUUUGGGAUAGGAACCACUGUUGUCGUAUCCCUAGAAAAUGGUAGUAAACACGGACUCACCUGCCAAACUGGUUUGGAUUGAGAUUUUUAUUGGGUAUCAGGGAACCAUGUAAUUAUAAAUUAGACUUGAUCAAAAUGGGCCAAAACUUGCAAUUCAGCCUGUUUGACCGACUCAUGCCAAAUUCUAAUUAUUCUUUACUUUUAAACUUUCUAUUUGAAAAUAAAAAAUAGCGAAAGAAAAGAGAUGACUGCAAUUCGCCAUUUGCACAUCACUUAUUUGGGAAUAAAACCAUAGAAAUUCAAAAGGAACUCAAAAUGGUUAGGAUCAUUUUAAUUUUUAAAAUAAAUAAAUAGAUCUUUCUGUUUAGUUUUUUACUAACAAAUACCAAACUAUUCCCUAUAAAAUACACUAUAAUUUGAUCAUUAUGAUAUCAAAUAAUUAUAUUAUAUAUAUUUGAAAUGAUUAAAAUUAGACUAAUUGGGUUGGUCGAGGUUCAACCAUUGAAUAACUUAAAAAUACAUUAUAUUUUAUCCACUAAGAUAUAAAAUAAUAGCAUAAUAUAUAUUAUGACAGAGAAAAUAGCUUGUUUUAGAAUGUCAAACCAAUGAUGUUCAUUUGUUUUACUUGAUGGCCAAAUCACGUGUAGGUCAGGCCUAUUCAACUCUUUUAUUUUAUGGUUAGCGGUUAGCCCAUUAAAUACGAUGCAUUAGUUUAUUGUUAAAUUUUUUAUUUUUAGCAAUAAAAAGAAGUAUUGUUUUUGCCUUUUGAUAUAUAUCUUAUCACCAUGGAGAAAUAAAAGGGCUUAAAGAAAAAAAAAUUUGACAAUCCUGGACCCGUUUAAAUCCGCAUGUGUACGGUAAGUUGGCACGUUCCACAGAGGAAAGAGAAAAAAAUUGACACUCUCUAUUCUACCAUUCCUACAAACGCUCUGGAGCAGGGAAUUUGAAAUGGGGGAAUGGUUUUUUUCUCCCUGUUAUUAUAUGUUUUUAAUUUAAAAAGAUACAACGAAUUUACUUAAUGUGAUUGGUUAUGAUCCUUACUUUUCUUUAAAAUAAUCAUUGUUCAAAUCCCAAUACAUGUCUUUCUCUUCGGCGUAUUAUAUUAUUAUAUUAUGUGUAGAUUACAUAUAAGGUUCGAGGUUUGCUCAACUCGGAUUAUUUCUGAGUACAACGUUGUCCAGGAUUAAUCUGCUACUGGUGGGUUUAUCAUGCAAUCAUAUCACCACUUUGUCGCGUUCUGGUGGGUUUACCAAUAAUGCAUGUGUUUCUUUACCGUGAAAGCUCAGGACAGGAUGCCAGCCAGCUUCAGGGCCCACUACUACACUACCCAAUGUAGUUGGUGGCUACAGCACGUUUCUGUUAUUUUCAGAUUCAAUAACAUUAGUGAUUAAUUAAGAAUAAUCAGCGCACUCAGUCAACAAGGUGGAAACCUAUUCACCAAAAAAAAAAAAAACAAGGUGGAAACCUUGUUAUUUAUUAUAUUAACGGCGACGAGUACCGAAAACAGGGAGGUGAAUGAAAACAAAACACACGAAGGUUUUCCUCCAUCUGCUUCCAUGGCGCAAUCGACAGUCAAGGUUGUGGAGCUCAGCAAGGUGACGCCGGAACCGGCGCCGUCCAAUCCUUUCACCCUCCCACUCACCUUCUUCGACACCUUCUGGAUCAAACUGCCGCCAGUGGAGCGCAUCUUCCUCUACCACCUCCCAGAUUUAUCCCCUUCCACUUUCCGCUCGCGCCUCCUCCCUCACCUCACCCGCUCCCUCUCCUUCACACUCCGCCACUACCUCCCCGUCGCCGGGAACCUCGUUUGGCCCUCCGCAGCCGCCGUCCCCGUCGUCCUCUACAGCCCCGGCGACGGAGUCUCCCUCGCGGUCGCCGAGUCAACGGACGACUUCGACCACAUAUCCGCCGACGGAGAUCGAGAAGCCUCGGAAUCGCUGCCCUACGUGCCGGAGCUGCAAGCAUCGGAUUCCGCCGCCGCGAUUCUCUCCCUGCAGAUCACUCUGUUCCCCAAUCGAGGCUUCUGCAUCGGCGUCACCUCUCAGCACGGCAUUCUCGAUGGCAAGACGCAGUCCGUCUUCAUGAAAGCCUGGGCUCACACCUGCAGGCAGAUCGUCGGGGAUGGUGGCGCCGAUUUCCCACCGCCGCUACCGGAAUCGCUGGCUCCGGUCUUCGAUCGAACAGGCAUCGUCGACUCGCGGGAAAUUGCGGUGGAGUAUUUGGACGAUUGGUUCCGAUUCCGGCUCAAUCUGCCGGGGAUGGAUCCCAAUCCAAACCCUAGAAGCUUGGAGCUGCUAUGGAGCUUGGUAGAUGGCGAUUCCAAAAGACUGCGAGCGACCUUCGAUUUCUCGAAAGAGAGAAUCAAGAAGCUGAAGGAGUCUCUGAUCCCCAAAUUCCCAUACCCUAAUUACCUAUCGAGCUUCGUCCUGACCCUGGCGCACACCCAGGUUUGCCUCGUGAAGGCGAAAGGCAUCCGUGGCGGCGCGACGAUGAUGGGCGGGUUCACGGCGGAUUUCAGAUCUCGAUUGGAACCCCCGGCGCCGGGGAAUUUCUUCGGCAAUAUCGUUUUCCCGUACGAGGUGGCUCUGAGAGGGGAGGAAGCUGGUUCCGAGGGCGGCGUCGCGUACGCGGCGGGGAAGAUCGUGGAGGCGAUCAAGGAGGUGGAGAAAGGACCGAUGGCGGGGGCGAGAGGGAGGCUGGCCAGGUUUCUGUUUCCGGAAGCGGGUCAGUUCGAGGUGAUCGGGGUGGCCGGGUCGCCGCGGCUGGGGAUGUAUGGGGUUGAUUUCGGGUACGGCGGGCGGCCGAGGAAAGUGGAGGUCACGUCCACUGCGAGGACGGGAGCUAUUUCAAUGGCGGAGAGCAAAGAUGGGAGCGGCGGUGUCGAGGUUGGAAUUGUGCUAAGCAAGGAGGAGAUGGACGUAUUUCGCGCUGCUUUCGUUCAGUAAUGGGCUAGGAGUUAGGAUAGCUAUUGGGCCCUUUGUUAUUUUUUGGGCUGGUUUGAGUUGUACUUCUUUCUUUAUGCGGGCCUUUUCCACUAACUCUUAUAUUUUGUUAUAUGCUUUGUCGUCCUAUUUUUUUAUUAAUUAUCGUUCUAUAUUAUUAUAAAAAACUUAAAUAUUCAUAAUGAAGAUUAUAUUCGUGAGCCAGUGAACUGUGCAAGUGCAAGAAGAGGAGGGAAUCUUUUUCUUUUCUUUUUUUCUUUCUGCGGUCUCAUGCAAACAAAAUGAAAGAAUCCGCCCUCAAUUGGCGAUUUCGAACUCUACCUAAAUAGUAAAUAACACCAUAUUUCCAAGUCUUCGACCAGAUCAUAUGUCUCUCUGUCCCAUUUAAUAUUGGGGUGCGGUUUCUUCCGCAAGCUUUCACUUUUCAGUUUUUUGCGUUUCCAACUAUAAAUUUUAGAGGUGUCU